UACCUACUUAGUCUCUUCUACUUGGUCAGGCUCCAGUCAUCUCUUUAUUGUUGUUUCCCAACCCCGCAGUUGAGCCCCCCAGACUUCAAUCAAUGGGAUUCAAUUCCAGUCCUCCAUCUCAUGCCCCAGACAAAUAAAACCAGCUUGGACACAGCCUGCAGAGGGGCACCAUGCAGGACUCGCAACCUGAGGCAAUAAUGCAGCAUCACAGAUUCGCGAGGCUCUAUAAACCUUGCGGGGUCUUCUAAUCGCUGAUCGGUCUUCAAGCGUUCAUAAAGUGCCAUGAGGACCCGGGCUCCCUAAUACGCUUGCGACCUGAUCGUCUAGCCGUGAUCUGGGAUGGCCGAGGCCUUGGCGGUUCUGGGUGCCCUAGCCGCCGUCCACCAACUAUCCAAAUCGGCGGCGAAGUUGGCUAACAUUCUCUACGACUUCGCUUUGAGCUCUCAGAUCCUCACUAAAGAAGUGCAAAGUUUCGCUAGACAGGUCAGAUCCUUCUCCGACAUUGUCAGACUGGCUCUGUUGACUCUAUCUGAAUACUGUCGCGAAACCCCCAAUUCCCGUAUUGUUAGAUACCUGAACUCGCACCAUGUGCUGCCGAACAUCAACGAGGGGGCUAAACACACCUUGAGGCAUCUCCGCGCCAUCCGUGAUCAGAUCACAAGGCCGCAAACCCGAUUUACCUGGAUGGGAACUGUCGUGUGGCUGUGGAACAAGCGAUCCGUCAUGGAGCUCUACCCAAAAAUGGAGAGUAUCAAGUCGAAUCUGUCCCUCCUCAUGGCCACAAGCAAAAUGGAGGAUCUCUUGCAUCGCAUGUCAGCUCAGGACCAACGCAGUCGAGAGCUUAAAGAGGAGAUGCGCAUUGUGAAAGACAUGAUCAAGGAUCAAAUGAAAGCUAUAGAAGACCUCCGCCGCCAUUUCAACCAGGUCCGCCCUGUGGGCGAUACUCAACCACCAGACUUCUUUAGCCCUGACUCAGAACACCAAAACGUCAUGCUUGACCUCGGGCGCAGCAUGUAUAAGGACGGUGUUGUCCCUGACACGAUUCCGAGCUCGGCCUCCGCCUCGGGGCAGAGUUCAAGUCCGACCUCUGACUCCCCCUUUUCGUUCGCUACCCAACAUACUAGUCUCGAAUCGAGGACAUCAGAUGCCAGCACUUCGUCAACUCAGCGUCGUACCACAUACAGAAACCCUCCAGAAAACACGCAACGUCCUGCUCCUGGAGCGGAUCAAGCACAGAAGGCAGCAGUGUCCUCAGCGACGCCGCCGCCAUUAUCAGCACCGCCACCACCACCACCACCACCACCUCCACCUCCAAUACCCGGUUCAUCAACGACAACGCCCUCCCGGGCCACGAUUCGCAUUCCGCCGUCCCUCCUGACAACCACCAUGGGCGGCUAUAUCAUCCACCACGGCCCGCGUCACAUCAAUACCAACGACCUCCACGUAACCGCCUUUGUAGUUCCGGACCUGCCUAUCAACUUAAUCUCUGUCGCCUGGGCAGCACGAUGCAACCUUGACGUCCAACUGUUCCAGAGUAACAGCACCGUGCACCUCCAUAAUGACAAUGCGGAUGGUGGCGAUGGCGUCCUACUCGAUUUUGACAACGGCAAACGUCCCGAGAAAACCAUCGGGCGAACAACCCUCCUGUGGAGCCGGAUCAGCCACUGGCAGCGGGACAAUACCCUCUACCUUGCGGUUGAGUGCGAGGUCUGUGACAAUGCUGAGGUCGGGCUGAUACUCGGCAGUCCCUUUGUCGAGGCCAGGGAACGGCGACGAAGCAGCCUCAUUGCGAGCUGGGGUGACUGAGUCAACUGACUGGCAUGAGGGCGGUCACGGUGAGCUGCAUUUGCGCUG